AUGAAUUCUCCAUUAAAAUCAUUAAAAUUUGAUUCAUUUAGAACCGAAAGUUCAGUUUCAUCUUCUUCUUCGGAUGAUAAUAAUAAUAAUAUAUUGGAAUCACCCGAAGAAUAUGAACAAAAUUGUUUGCUUUUUCCUACUUAUGCCACAAAACAUAAAUUCAACGAUGAAACUGAACAAUCCGAAUUAACUGAUGAUUGGUUUAUCCGUGUUCGAGGAAGAGCUUUUUCUACUCCAAAGUCAAGCAAAACUCGAGCUUUCUUUUUAAAAUUAACAACUAAAAUGACUGGAAUUCAAAAAAGUGAUUCAAGCUAUGAAUUACUUGAAUCCCGUACUUCGCUUUUUUGGACUAACAAUUUAAGUGAUAAAGAAUUUACUGUUAAAGUUGUUGGUCUAACAGAAUCAAAAAAAAUGGCGCUUGACGGAGAUCCCAAUGAUCUUUCUUUAGAACAACUUGCUGAAAAUUUUACUCCCGAUACAGUCAAAGAUGAAUUUAAAAAAGUUAUUGAAAAUAUUCAUAACCAACAUAAAAUUUCUCAUUUGGAUGCCGAAACAUCUAGCAUUCAAGUUAAACCAAAUUCUGGUAAAUUUUCAGGAGAAAUUAUAAUUCCACAAUCAAAAGUGCAAUCAUGGUUAAUGGAUGAAGGAGAUAAUAAUCAAGAAAGUCAAUUACUUAGAUUAGAAGCUUUUCAAAAUGAAGAAGUUUCUCCAGUAUUUGGCGUCGUGAAUCUAGUGGAACCUGAAGGUAUUUCUGUAAUUUCGGAUAUUGAUGACACAAUUAAAGAAACCGCAGUUUUGUCCGGUCCCAGAGCCAUACUUGCCAACACAUUUUUGCAGCCAUUUAAGGAUGUUCCAGGGAUGGCAAAACUUUAUCGAUUUUGGUAUGAUAAAGGAGUAAAGUUUCAUUAUGUGUCGAAUUCCCCAUGGCAAUUACUCCCGAUGUUACGAUCUUUCUUUAAUACCCAUAAUUUUCCACCGGGUUCUGCUCAUCUCAAAUUUUACGAUGGGCUCAUUAGAAGUGCUCGAGAUCAAAGGGGAAAUCCCACAGCAAGUAAAUUUGAGUAUAUCAGAGAAAUACUGAAGGAUUUUCCUAAACGAAAAUUUAUUCUUAUUGGCGAUUCAGGUGAACAUGAUCCAGAUAUAUAUGCUGAAAUUGCUGAAAAAUUUCCCAACCAGAUUAUUCGAAUAUUAAUUAGAGAUGUCACGACACCACAUUUAAAUAAUCAGCAGCAAAGAAGCCCAACAUAUUCUAAGACCUUAAAGUCAACAAUGAAUUAUUUUAGAAAAGUUUAUUCUAGUUCGAGUGAAUUAAAAGUAUCAACAAUUGAUAACAAAAAUAAUGGUUCUGAAAAAUACGAACCUGAAUAUGAAAAAGUAUCACCAAAUGAUAACAAAAAUAAUGGUUCUGAAAAAUACGAAUUUGAAUAUGAAAAAGAAUGUGUAAAAGAAUUUGUAGAAGAAAAUGAACAAGUAAUUGUAAAGGAAUUUGAAAAAGAAUGCGAGAAAGAAAAAUGUGAGACAUCAUCCGAAUUAUCUGAAUCAAAAGAAACUUCUAGAAAUAAUUCAUUGGAAGAAUCCAAGAAAGAUUUUCAUUCUAGAGCAUUUCAAAAAUUUCGCGCCACAAACUUUAUGAAACAAAUAAGUUCAACUAUCAAAAGCGCAAAAGAUGCUGUUAAAUCAUCUCCAUCUCCAUCUCCAAAUGGAAGUGAACAGUGUCGUGAUGUGGCGAGUAACCCAUUUGAGGCAGAGUUCAAUAAUAUUAAUACUAAUAUUAAUUCAGAGAAUUCAACGACAGAAGAUGAUUUUGUUAAAUCUCCUAGAAUUUUAAGAUCAUUGGAUAUAUUUGACAAAAGAAUGGAAGUACUACAACAAUCUUUACCAGAAGGAUUAUUUUCAACCUUUAGUGAUCCCACCAUGUUAGAAGAUGAUAUAAUCAUCAACAAAGAAUUAAAAUUAAUAUAA